CAGAAUGGGUACCCGAAGCCUCAUCUGCGUCUACUACAAAGGCCAGUUUAUGAUCGCACAAUAUGCCCAAUGGGACGGCUAUCCUGAAGGCCAAGGCUGGGACAUUGUCCAAUUCCUGCUCCGGUCGAGCAAUAUUAAAGCCCUGAAAACUGGCCUCCAAUACAUCAAAGUCAUUGAGAGCAACGAUCAGCUCAAUCAGCAAGUGGUCAAUAACGAUCAGGGACCAUUUCCCUCGCCAGCGUCGCUUUCUCGUGAAACCGGAGCGAAGAUCCUUGAAAUUGUCGCUCAAGCUACAGAGCAGAACGCGGUCCCGAUAGUGAAGGAGCUGGGCUUUGUCAACGAUGGUCUCUUCUGUGAGUGGGCAUAUGUGGUUGAUCUUGACAAAGAAGUGUUGGAAGUCUACGCUGGACAGUUCGGAUUGGAGAGAAGGGGUAUGAGCGGCGGCGCAGAGCGAUUCAAGGAGGUGGGAGGUGGGCAAGUCGGGUUGCUUCAGUCGAUUUCAUUCGCAGACUUGCCGAAUACGUGUGGAGAGUUUGAGGAGUUGUUUGCGGUUGCUGAAUGUGAUGAGGAGGCUGAAGAAGACACGUAGAGUACAAUGGCACUUGUUACGUUAG